CGGAGAGUUCCAUCCACUUUGCGAGCAAAGAGGACGGGUGCACCCCACGGGGAGUUGCUGGGUUUAAUUAAACCUGGUCUCAGGAGCUCCUCAAGCUGACGCUUGAGCUCAGUGGCCUCGGGGAUCAAAAGUCUGUAGGGUGCCUUGUGGUGAACACGAUAGUCAGGCACAAGCUGGAUGGAGUGCUCGACGUCGAGCAUUGGUGGGAUGCCGACGUACGAGAACGACAAUGGGAGAAUGUCGUGGUACUCUCGAAUGAGGACACGAACUGCGGGCUCCAGCGUGACUGGAGCGGCUGCGUGUCCGGGAGAGGGCAGAGAGGAUGACCUGGAGGCGCUCGGCCAUAGGGAGGGUAGAGUCCUCCAAGUGGUAGUGGAUGGCCUCGCCGAGAUCGAGGUCGUCGCUAUGGUCACGCUCGGGCGACAACGGGGCAACAACAUCCUGCUCACCAUACUCGAGCAUGCUGAAGCGACGCGAGAAGUGGUGGCCCCGCUGUGCGGAACGACAGGGGCGACCGUGGAAAGGGGAACGACGCUGGGAAGUGUCGUAAGAGGAGGAGGGGGCGUAACCAGUACGCUGAGGCUGGGAGGAGGAAGUGUGUUGAAGACGCGCCCGCAUCCGCUGAUGGUCCCUAGCGACCUCGGGACCUCCAUGAGGGUGUACUCAGUGCUGUGGGAUUCCGGUUCUCAUGGCGACUUCAUUCACGCACGUGUGGUGAAAGAAGCCCGCUUACCCACGACAGGGUCUCCGAUUCCCAUCUCUGUCACCCUAGGGGAUGACAAGACCCAGCGCUUCUUCGAUCAGACGGUCACCAACCUCCCUUUCUUCCUCACUCUCGAGCCGACUGAUCAUUCCCCGGCGUCUCGUCGCCACCGCUCCUCCACACAUUUCGAUGUGAUGGAGACGGGGUGCGACUUCAUUCUUGGUACUUCGUGGUCUCGUCAGUUCCGCAGCAACGAGGCUGAUUGGGCGACCAACACUCUCGUUCUCAAAACGAAGUGUGGACAGACUUAUCGCGUACCUUUCAUAGGUACCACUGCGACACCACGCUCCGAUCCUCCUCCCUCGGAGCCUUCUGUGCCCACACCAUCUCCUUCUAUCACUGUCACCUCGCCUCAGCAAUUCGCCCACUUCAUCCGACAGAACGACGUCACAUUCUUUAUGGUGAACGCGACGGAUCUCUUACACUAUGAUCCACCCUGUCCCAACGCCGAGCUCAUCCCUCUAGAGCCAGAUCCUCCUUCUAUCUCCAUGGUUCCCAUCUCUACUUCCCACCCUCCGCCGUCCGUCGAGUCCACCCCGCUGUCGCGCGCUUACGUUGACGCUGAGGAACUCGCACGAUAUACGGCUGACCUAGAGCCCGCAGUCCGUGACCUCAUUCGAGAGUACCACGACAUUUUCCCAUCGUCGUUGUCGUAUGCUGGCAUCCCACUGAUGCGCGACGUCGAGCACUCCAUCCAACUUAUGCUUGACUAUCGUGUUCACCACCAGGCACCCUACAGACUCUCAAUCCCCGAGGUCACCAAACUCAAGCGUCAGCUUGAGGAGCUCCUGAGACUGGGUUUCAUUAAACCCAGCGACUCCUCGUGGGGUGCACCCGUCCUCUUUGCUCGCAAAGCGGAUGAAACUCUCUGUCUCUGCAUCGACUAUCGCGGUCUCAACCGCUAUACAGUUAAGAACAGCUACCCCAUGCCCCGUUCCGAUGAGCUGUUCGACCGCCUAGCAGGCAACUGCUUCUUUACGAAGAUUGAUCUUCGUAGCGGAACGAGCACCUCCCCUUACACAGCAAAACAGAAGGCGAAAGCCGCCGCCAUCCUAAAAGAGAGACGAGAGAAGAAGGAGGCCAAGAAGAAGGUCUUGCUGGACGAACAGGCAGCGAAGAAGAAGAAGAUUGAGGAAGAGAUGGCGAGAAAAAUGGAGAGGUUGAAAAAGGAGGAAGAAAAACUUCGAGCGGUAGAGGCAGAAGAAGAAGUAGAGGAGCAGCCGUUGGAGAGGAGAAGAACCGGGCAAAGAGGAGAAUCCAGCGGUGCGAAGGAGGAUCCGUUGGAGAAGAAGAUCACGAAAUGGGUGGCCAAUUUAUCCCUGGGAGAAAAGGAGGCGGCAUUAAUGUAUGUACCUAGGGAAGAGCAGGAGGCGGCCAUGAAAGACUGGGAUGCACAGGAAGAUCUUCUCAAACGGCAGACAAUCGAAGAUGAGAAGAGGAUGAAGUGGAACUUGCGGCUGAUGAGGGAAAGGAAAAAAAGAGUGGAUGCACCCGUCAGGCGGGGUCAAGAAUGCCCGUCUGUUUCAGUGUUUCAUGUGUCAGGAGUAGACAACUCCUUGAAACAUUGUUGCCUUAGCGCUCCUGCGUUUGCGAGGUUAGUGAAGAAGGAGCAGCUAGAGGAACAAGUUUUUGUAGCCCAUGUUAGGUCGGUAAGUGAGCCUAAAGAGGAAAAACCCUUAGAUCCUGCUAUUGCCAAGCUGCUGGAAGAGUACACAGACCUAGCUAAGUCGCCGACAGGGGUAGUCUCACGGCCUAUCCAGCAUCGCAUUGAGAUAGAGUCUGGCACUAGGACUCCUAAAGGAGCAGUGUACAGGAUGUCCCCACGGGAGUUGGAGGAGCUGCACAAACAGUUAGAUGAACUCCUAGAGAAGGGCUGGAUUAGGCCCAGUUCGUCUCCAUUUGGAGCACCUGUUCUAUUUGUCCCCAAGAAGGAGGGAAAACUUAGAAUGUGCAUUGACUAUAGGGGUCUCAAUGCUAUCACAGUGAAGAAUGCGGAGCCACUGCCCCUGCGGGCCACGACACCUGGAACAGCAGUGAUUGCGAUUGGAAGCUUGCGGGUUUUGGACGACAUUGAACGAGGCUUGGUGCCACCUGACACUGUACUCUCGACCCUCCACGAUGGUCAGUUGCGAAUUGCAGCGAAGGAUAUUCUCACCCUCUCACUUACCGACGACAGGGUGAAUGAUGAGGUGGUCAACUUCUACAUGGCGCUAUUAGGAACGACCGCAUAUGGGACAAGUGACAUCCCGCCAGGCCUUCGAGUAUUCACCUUUAAUUCUUUCUUCUUCAGUAAACUGCAACUUCAAGGCCUUCCUAUCGAGUUGAGGCAAGCGGCGGAUGGGAGGAGUGCGGGCGCAACUCCCGUCUACGUGGCAGCGAGGCAGAAUAGGAGAAACCUCGGUCUUGCGUCGAUGCCAUGGUCUGUGUCGAUUGGAGGGAGAGGUGAUGCACCUUCCACCUCGUGCCAACGCCAAGGCUUUCGCGAAAACGGAUUACUGUUGCACCAUGGCCACAUGCGCGAAGAUGAAGACAGUGCUGGUUUGAAAGGGCGAUCGAGGGGAAAGACAUCGGUGGAUGAGUGGUCGUCGUCUGAUGACGUGGAGCCCGCUAUGUGCUGUUGCGGGAGGUUGGGCGCAAUAAGCGCUGUUGUGCAUGCGCCAUGCUGCGCAGAUGACAGCCGCGCAUCCACAAGGCGUACAACUGUUGUCAAUGGAGAUGGUGAUGCGCAUUUGCGCUAGACGGAGCCGUUGGAGCAGCGACUCUGUCGUCCGCUCACGAUGGCGAUGCGCAUUCGCGC